UUCAAGUUUGACAGUUACGGUGAAAUGGGAGUUGAAAAAGAAAACGGAACGUAUGUUUUUGUAAAAAUGGCGACAGCACUUGUUAGUUCGUCUCGUCAGGUAGGGAGGCUAACAAAUGCUGCUAGAAGACUUUAUUCUGAUGUUUAUCCAAAGAUAACCACUCAUUAUACAAUUCAUCCUCGAGAUAAAGAUCCAAGAUGGAAAGAUGUAAACAUGGAGCGUGUGGCGGAGGAAACAGAUAUCCUCAUCAUAGGAGGAGGUCCAGCGGGCAUGGCCGCUGCCAUCAGAGCACGUCAAAUUGCAGAGGAAAAGGGGGCUGAAUUACGAGUAACACUUUUAGAAAAAGCAGCAGAAGCUGGUGGCCACAUACUUUCCGGUGCCUGUGUAGACCCAAUAGCUUUGAACGAGCUAAUACCCGACUGGCAGGAGAAAGGUGCUCCUAUGAACACACCGGUCACUUCCGAUAAGUUUGGACUUUUGACUACCAGUGGAAGGAUACCUAUACCUGUUUUUCGCGGGCUGCCAAAUUACAAUCAUGGUAACUACGUUGUGAGGUUGGGACACUUGGUGAGGUGGAUGUCGGAACAAGCCGAGGCAGUUGGUGCUGAGGUGUGGCCAGGAUGCGCGGGUGCGGAGCUUUUGUACCGGGAUGACGGUUCCCUCAAAGGAGUAGCGACUGGUGACGUGGGUAUUGCCAAGGACGGAAGCCCUAAGGAUAUGUUUGAACGGGGCAUGGAGUUCCAUUCCAAGAUCACCAUAUUGACUGAAGGAUGCCACGGACACUUAACAAAAAUGGUAUCCAAUAAGUUUAAUCUUAGAGAGAAAAGUGAACCACAAUCUUAUGGCAUUGGAUUGAAAGAACUUUGGGAAAUUAAACCAGAGAACCAUAAGCCUGGACUGGUAGAGCACACAAUAGGCUGGCCCCUAGACAGGACCACAUAUGGGGGCUCCUUCAUAUACCACCUCAAAGUGGAAGAGGGUGAAGCUCCCUUAGUCGCGGUCGGUUUUGUGGUGGGCUUGGACUAUGCGAACCCCUACCUCAGCCCCUUCAGAGAGUUCCAGAAGUUUAAGACUCACCCCUAUGUCAAACCUAUGUUUGAAGGUGGUACUCGCAUAGCAUAUGGAGCCAGGGCGCUAGUAGAGGGUGGGUGGCAGUGCCUGCCUGUGCCGGUGUUCCCUGGCGGCUGCCUGGCGGGGGACACUGCUGGGUUCCUCAACGUGCCGCGGAUCAAGGGCACCCACAACGCCAUGAAGAGCGGUAUGUUGGCGGCCGAGACCGCGGUAGACAUGGUGCUGUCGGGCGAGGCGACGCACGAGAAGGGAGCCACGCCCACCGCGUACGAAGACAAACUCAGAGAAUCAUACGUUUACAAGGAACUGAAGCAAGUCCGGAACUGCCGGCCGUCGUUCCACACGUCGCUCGGCUUGUAUGGAGGCGUGGCGUAUUCGGCGUUCUCUACGCUCAUGCGCGGGAAGGAACCUUGGACCUUGAGCCAUGGCGGUGCGGACCACGCUCGCUUGAAACCGGCUAAGGAGUGUCAACCCAUCGAGUACCCCAAACCUGAUGGUGUUGUAACCUUUGAUUUGUUGUCAUCUGUGGCGUUAACUGGAACAAACCACGAAGCCGAUCAACCAGCACAUUUGACACUGAAAGAUGACACAGUACCCGUGAAGAGAAACCUCGCUGUCUUCGAUGGACCAGAAGCGAGGUUUUGUCCUGCAGGAGUAUACGAAUUCGUACCUUUAGAGACCGGAGAAGGACAGAGAUUACAAAUCAAUGCACAAAAUUGUAUACACUGUAAAACAUGUGACAUUAAGGAUCCUUCACAAAACAUCAACUGGGUAGUACCAGAAGGUGGUGGCGGCCCCGCGUACAACGGAAUGUAAACUAAAAAAAGCCGUGAGCAGUUGUGAGGCAACCGACAGAAGUGAAGCUGUACUCUGUCUCGCUCACUCAUAUGAGCUAUACGCUGCCCAGCCAAUGAGGUGCCGCGUUCGAUCGUUUGUUUCACUUUUUGUCAUUACGGUCUCCAAAAUUUUUUAGGCUAUAUAGGAUUAGUUAGGAUAAUUCGAGAUCGGCAACUGAAUUUUUAUGAUUGAAUAAUGUUUGUAUUUUUAUGUGAAUUAAUAUUAUGCUUCAUUUAAACUUCAUCCAUUUUAUUUAUUUAGGCGGACCGUAAUUUGAAUUGUGAAUUAAAGUCACUCAGUCUUUAGAAGAUAUAACUAAUGGUGAAUUUCAGACAAAGUACUUCCGAAAAAAAUAAAUAUUUAUUUUAAUAAAUUACUGAAGCGAUGAUGAAUAAAACACGCUUAUUUACCAAACUGCCUUAUAUUUCUGUAAAGAACAAUUUCUAAUUUUUUAAACAAAUCAUUGAAAUAAAUUAAUAGUUGUAUAAUAUCUUAUAGUAGGUAAUUGUAUAUUAUAUAGUAAUGUAAGUAAUUUAUAUUUUUUUACAUAUACAUAUUUGAGAUAUAUUUACUGUACAUAAAAAAAACUCAUUUUGAUUAAAAGUGUGUAUGAAUAAUGAAUGAAUCUAAGUAGUACCUAAGUGUAAAUUCUUGAAAACCUUUAAUAAAGGAAUUAUAAAAUA